AUGCCGUAUAUUCAAGAUUUCUCACGAAAUAUUGCAGAAUUAGGAUUUCUUGCCACAUUGGCUGGAAACUCGACUCUUAUAUUCCUAACCAGAUCGAAAACGAAACAUAUCCGAGGCCCAUAUAAGAGAAUGAUCAUUAUUUUUGCAUUCCUUGGAAUCGCGUUUUCCGUGGUUGAAAUGACGGCACGACCAUUUGUGCACAGCUACAAUGGAGCAUUUGUCUACUUCAGUUUGGCGGAGGAAAUCUCUGGAUUGCAGGGAAUUGUCACUUUUCUACUGGCUUUGUAUGCGGGGCUGUAUGCAAUGCUAAUCUCGUUUGUGGCGGUUCAGUUUAUAUUUCGAUAUUUUAUUUUGAACGAUCAUGAAACGGCUCAAAUGUUGUUCCAAGGAUGGAAGUUGAUGAUUUGGGUAAUAUAUGCGAGCAUUUUCGGAGUUGCUUGGAUCUGUUUGUGCUUUUUCUGCGGAAAAUUUGAUGAUUACUCAAUGGAAUAUACAAGGGAAGAAAUGAACGAAGUAUAUGACAUGAACAUCACUCAAACUGCUGGCAUGAUUAUUGUGGCCUACGAACCAGAUCCAGAGAGCCAUGAUCAUCUCCGAUUGAGAAACAGCAGUGCAAUUUUUUGGUGUGGAACAGUGUCAAUUUUGCUCAUCCAAUACGUGGUUAUGGUUUUCUGUGGGACUUCAAUGCAUUUCCAAAUGGUUGAAAAACUGAAGCGCUUCUCGAUGACCCACCAGCGACUUCAAAAACAAUUUUUCAAAACAUUAAUCUGCCAGAUAACUGUGCCAACAGUUCUCUUCCAUCUACCCAUCAUCCCAGUGCUCACUGCUCCGUUCUUUAACCUAAAAAUCAGCUUUCAAUCUGGGAUUAUAUACAGUUUCUUCAGCCUUUAUCCGCCAAUCGACAGCUUUUUGCUAAUGUAUAUUGUGUCCGAUUACCGAAAUGCGUUGAGCAAGUUGGUCAGCCGAAACAUGCAAGUCUACACAGGAAGUACUGCAGUUUCAACUCAUGUCAGCGUCAGAAUGGUAUAG